AUUUGUGAUGCAAGAAGACUUUGUCUCACAACCUUCCUCGGACGAUGACAAAUCCAAUGAUGAUGCUUGCUAGGUCCGCUAAAACCCACAUUGGCAUCAUUGGGUAGGAAGCUAUAAAGCUUUGACGUAGAUAUCUAGGUAAUGGUAUCGUUAGCACAACGCUCUCUACACCAACAAUAAUCGCCGUGACAUCUUCUAAUCCUCAUACUCAACAUGUCUACUCAAAAAGCAGUCGUCCACGUCGGACAGGGCGUCUCGGAGGUUCGUUCCGAUGUUCCCAUCCCCAAAGUCCAGGACAACUUCAUUAUUGUCAAAACCAAGGCUGUCGCUCUUAACCCCACAGACUGGAAGAGUAUUGAAAACACACCGUCCAAGGGUGCCGUUGCUGGUUGCGAUUACGCCGGUAUCGUUGAAGAAGUUGGCAAUGACGUGAAGGACCUCAAGGUUGGUGACAGGGUGGCCGGAUUCUGUCGAGGAGGCGAUCCAGCGGACCACUCCAACGGCGCUUUUGCCGAGCACAUCAAAGCAAAAGCUGGUAUUCACCUCAAAGUCUCCGAGCGCAUCUCAUGGGAGGAUGCGUCCACCCUCGGUGUCGGUAUUACCACAGUAGGCCAGGGUUUAUACCAGGUCCUCGGGCUGCCACUUCCUCCUACCAAAGUCUCCGAGCCAACACCAGUCUUGAUCUACGGCGCCUCAACAGCGACAGGAACGCUCGCGGUUCAGUUUGCCAAAAUCUCAGGCGCCGAAGUCUUUGCGACUGCAUCACCGCAGAACUUUGACCUCUUGAAGAGACUCGGCGCUGACCACGUCUUCGACUACAAGGAUCCAGAGUGUGGCGAUAAGAUCCGCAAAGCCAGCAACGAUAAGCUUAAGAUCGCGUUCGACUGCAUCGCUGAGCACGGCUCUGAGCAUAUCUGCGCAGCAGCAAUCAGCUCAUCUGGUGGUCACUACUCCGGCCUCUUACCCGGACCGCUGCAGAACUUCCCCCGCAAGGACGUGAAGCACGGAUGGACGUUUGGGUACACGGCGCUUGGUGAGAAGUAUAACGACAGGGUGCCUGCUAAGCCCGAUGAUUAUGAGUUCGGCGUCAAGUUCUGGAAGGCAGCCGAGGCUCUGUUCAACAGCGGAGAGCUCAAGGCCCACCCUACGCUAGUGAGGGAUGGGCUGGAGGGUGUGCCCCAAGGUCUGAACGAUUUGAAAGCCGGGACUGUGUCAGGACAGAAACUGGUAUACAGAAUUAUCUAGGCGUGGCCGUAGAGUGAUAAAUCAACACCUUGGAAUGUAUUGGUUGCACUUUGCGUUGAGCCUCGGCAGUGAGUCGUGUUUCAAAAUGUGAUCAUGAGCCUUGUGUGCAG